AUGCGUCCUCCUCGCCUUAUUCUUCUACUGGCCUGUUUUAUUUUCCUUCCGAUCUUUCUGACCAUCUUGUCGCUCCUUUUCUCUCACCCGCAACAUGGCUCCGCCUCCCAAUCCUCGGUUUCUGGCGGGGCUGGGCGCCUCAGAGCCCUCUUCUCUUUCCAUGCACCCUCCUCCCUAUUUCCGCCCUCCGCGAUGAUAAGCCUUACAGAUGAUAACUCAACCUUCUUCCUGGCCCGGCCUGCUGCGUUUGGGCCAACUUUGCCAUCCAGCGGAUUAAGCGGUCAGCUUUGGAUUGGAAGCGGCUUCGGUGAUGACGUCUUGCGAAAAGGGGGCGUAAGUACCGGGGCUGAAGGAGAGCUCGGUUGCUCCGAUGUUCCAGGAUGGGAGGAUAACGAUAAAAAUCAGAAUCAUGAUGUUGGCUCCGGCCAGGGAACCGCGAAACUUACUUCUGGCAUCAAAAAGAAAAAUACUGCCAACAAGCCCGUGAAGGCGCUUAAUGAACGGCGUGACGAACACUCUUCCGAUCUCGUUGGAUUUAGUGAUCAAACGAAUCACCCGUCAAAAGAAGAUGGAACAGAUGAUCACUUGCAUCAUCCUCUUCCGGCGUCCGGUCCUCCUGGUCUCCCAAGCGCCGCCAAAGGCAAAGAACCAGCACAUGCUGAUAUCCAAUCUUUGCAAGAGAGUGCCGAAAUUAGAGGCAAGAUUGUUCUGCUAAGUAGAGGAGGAUGCGGAUUUUUGGAAAAAGUUAAAUGGGCUCAACGAAGGGGUGGUAUAGCAUUGGUUGUUGGCGAUGAUACCAGAGGUGGUGGAUUGGUGACCAUGUAUGCCCGUGGAGACACUUCUAACAUAACAAUUCCCGCCAUAUUUACGUCCCAUACCACCGCACAUCUCCUGUCCUCCCUUAUUCCAUCCGAGACGCAGUCCGACCCCAGCUCAGCUAAGGACCAAUCAAAGGCCACUUUUGUGGGCAAGCCAGCAGAUAUUGAAAAUUCUCGCAAACCUGCAACAGCUACACAUGUUGCAACUCAACCAACUAAAAUGGCGGAUUCGAAAUCCUAUACCCCAAGCAAAGGUUUCUUUCAGUCGCUAUUUUCGGCCAUCGGCCUCGGUCGCGAUAAAGCCAGUACUUGGCAGCUCCAGGAGGAUAGCCGUCGCCCGCCAAGCAGUGGAAACAUUGACUGGGUUAUGCAAAAUGAAUUUGACGACGAAGAAACGUCUCCUAAAUCAAGGAAGCCUACACCAAAUAAUAUGAGGAAAGAAAACGGGGAUGACAUUUCUCUUGAAUCUCACCAAGGUGGCAGUGAUGACUUCGUUAUAGGAGUUCAGGAUUGGCGAGAUCCCGAUCUCGUGGCACCCCCCAAAACCAAUAACCCUCCACAAACUACAUUGAAACCUAAAUCGUCUAACGUCAAACAGAAGGAUGAUCAAGCUGGAGUACUCGGUGGGGAUAAUACCAAUGGCCCCGGUGGCAGCGGUCUCAAAGGAGGAAGUAUCACUCCGGGUAGCGGCGAAUAUUCCUCCCAAGAUAAAUCAGCGGUCGAUAAGGGAACUGGGAGGGAUCCUAGUACCCCUCCGGGUGCGGCAGAUUCUCGGUAUGGAAACUCAAAACAAGAUUCGCAUUGGUGGUCUGGGUGGGGGAAAACAAGCGAUGAUGAUCAGAUUUCGACUUCAUCAAAUGAUAGAGAUAAAGGACAACAGAACAUGAACGUCAAAGAAACCUCCACUCCCCUGCAAAAGUCUUCGAAAGAGAGGGGUAAGCACCCAGAACACGAAGGUCUUUGGGUCACCUUGACUCCAACGAGCAUGUCUACCAGUCCCUUUUUCGACACCCUCUUGGUUUUGGUUGUCAGCCCAUUGAUAACACUUACGGUUGUGUAUGCAUUGCUAUUGCUUCGCUCUCGGAUUCGACGCCGUCGUUGGCGCGCACCUAAAGCUGUCGUCGACCGGCUCCCUGUUAGAACGUAUCAUUCCAUACCAUCCGGAUCACCAUCUUCGACUAGUUCUCAGACUGCAACCUCUCCCGAAGCAUCAUCUGCAUCUUCUCCUCUCCUGUCCCAUUCCCGCGCUCGAUCCCCACGACCCAGACCGCGUUCUCAAACCACCGCUGGCAUUGUAGCCUCUUCUUCACAUGACGCCACAAAUGACUCAUCGACUAAUGCAGAAAAAUCGAACUCAGAUUCGAGCCUGUGGCGCCGAAGAUAUACAGGCAGACAAGUUGAGUGCGUUGUCUGCCUCGAAGAGUAUAUUGAUGGACAGAGCAGAGUGAUGAGCCUCCCUUGUGGACAUGAAUUCCACGCAGAGUGCAUUACCCCUUGGCUUACUACGCGUCGACGAACUUGUCCGAUAUGCAAGGGUGAUGUUGUACGAUCCAUGGGUGGCCCAUCAUCUAGUGAUCAGACUUUGGAAGGUCCUGAGCGAAUGUCAGAAGACCUCCAAGCCCGUAUUGCUGAAACGCGAAACGAUUCUCCAUCAGCAGCUGUUCCUAUAUCUAACGUUUCUGGCUUUAUCAAUUCCGACCUAGAGCGUGGCGAUGAUUCCAGGGUGUCGCUUCUUAACCGCGCCGAGGCUCCAAAUCCCCAAUCUAGUUGGAGGAACCUUGCAUCCUUAAGCAUUUCUGCAUUAAAUGGGGAUUCAGUGUGGCAUCAAUCCCGAAGCCCUCGGUCCGAUCGAAACCGUUAA